AGACAGAUUUCAGUUCAGCCCAAAUAAUUUCAGUUCAGCCCAAAUAAUUUCAGUCCGCUGUGUGACAUGUCCAAAAAGGACAUGUGCAAAAGCCCACAUAACCCAGGACGAAAAUUAUACAUCAACUAAAAAGGGACAUGUGCAAAAGCCCAGGAAAAACCUACCCAGCACUAAAGACACAACACAAAAAAUCACGUCCAAGCCCAGACAGCUGCCCUGACCUUCUUCUUCGGCAAGAAAAGUACUCACGUGCUGCACAUCGCCUCCCACCAACUCCAACCACUCCCUCCCAUCGAUUACCUACUCCUCCGAGGAUCCAGAUCGAGAGGAUCCCCAAAACCAUGGACAGGGAAGAAGAAGAACCACCGGGCAAGAAGAAAGGGACGCAAAUUCUUCAAGAAAACUUACUUCCACAUGCAGAUCCGCUGCACUACAAGGACAUAAGUGCAGGCAGCGCGAUGACACAUGUUCAUGAUGAAUUUGAUGAAUCAAUAUUCUUCAAGGAAGACUUUUCAUACAUGGCUUUACUAAAUGGAGAUAUCGACAUGAACUGCUCAUCAUCUAAUAUAAAUAUAAAGGUAAGAAAAAAUACAUACAAAAAUUAUUAAAGAAUUAUUAUGUAUAAAACAUCUUUUUCAAACAGACAAAAAUAUUCUAUCAUGUAAACUACACUAUGCUUAACAGAUAUUACUGCAGGAUAAAACAAUAGUGGAUGGUGAAGGACAAUCUACAAGUUCGACAUACAAAAACAAUACAAACAAAGAGGACCAUGAACAAAAUCCAUGGAACUCAAGUUUAUUUGAUGACAUGCAACUCGAUGAGGUAAAAAAUUACUAUGAAUGUUCAAAAUCAUAUAUAAUACAGUAUUGGUGCCAUAAAAUUUACACAUACAAAAAAUAGCAUAUAAAUUCUUCAUUUAUUUCAUAGGUUGUUGAUGAAGAUGAGCAACAAGAAGAAACACAUAAACAAGACUUUGACCAUACAUGGAAUCUGGAUGGGAAGAACAGUAACAAUGUUGAAGAUGGUGAUGCAGGGGAAAGACAACCUGGCAGAGCAGCUGCAAAUGGUGAAGAAAAAAACAAAAACAUAACUGAGGAAGAUGUGGAUAUAUUCUUACAAAAUGAACAGCAAGGGGCAGACCAGGACAAUGACCAGCAAAAUGAAGCAGGAUCUUCAACAAGAAAUGAAUAUGUAAUGCAAGUGAAAGGGAUGGAAUUUCAAUCAAGAGAGGAAGCUCAGAACUUCUUGAACGUGUAUUCAUAUGCUGUUGGCUUCUCGAUAGCUGUGGUGUCAGUGUACCGUACAACUAGCAAAAAAAGGAAAAAUGAGAUCACAAGGGCGACUCUCAAGUGCAAUAAACAUGGACACAACACAGAUGCUGAAAAUGAACAAGUCAUGGCGCAGAGACAAACAACAGUAUUUGUCAGAACUGAUUGCAAAGUAGAGAUUGUCAUAAAUGAGAAAGGCGGUAUUUGGAAGAUAACAAACCUAAUCCUUGAGCACAAUCACCCGCUUGAGCCAGGAGGUAGGUUCUUCCGGUCACAUGCCUACAUGACA